GUUUGCUCCCUCCUCCGAUCUCGAUGUCCAGCAAACUCAACUCUGACGGCGUACAUAUUGUACCUCGCACUAACUGAACAUCAAUGGAUUCCUCUCCGGAUCCUCCUCCUCCCUCCAAAUCGUGAGCUACUCCACCACUAGGCGACUCACCCAGGUAUCCACUGCAACCCGCGAUGCUCCGCAGCCUACAGACCUACACCCGGGGACCCGAAAGCCACAGAUGAGGCGAAACAUGCGACGCGAGAGAGAUUUUACUGUAGCUCAGAGCUGGAAACAGGGUACCGUCAGAGGCUCGGAGGACCCGUCGUUCGGUUCGAUCGUCUGGACGCGUUCUCGGGCUACGCAGCGCCCUCACCGCAGUUCAAGGCAGCCAGCCCGCACAUCGGCAUCAGGUGUUUGGCCGUACGUAGGAACAGCAGCACCGAGGGGACCUGAACACCCGCGACGCUCCCAGGCAGCCCGGUCGGCGACCCCCAAUGGGAGGAUCAGCGCGAAGGGUACUCCCGUAGAUGUGAGGAGGUACUCAAUCAGCAUACCGUCGUCGAAGACCAAUGUUGCGAGCCAGAGAGGACUCGGACGCCACCGAGGCGCCGAUCCGGUUGAUGAGGCUUCACAUGUACCGCUCCGGCAACGUGAACGGAGCUGCUUGAAAGCGACCAGCUGUGCGCAGCGAGUUUGGCUAUACGACGAGGUCCGUGUGCUCAAACACGAGUCGUGUGGCCCGCAGACGAGCGGUAGUCCGAGCCGCUUUGCCUUCGGGAUAUCCCUCUUGACAGUGUACGGGACGCGGUCCCUUGUCUUUUCAUCGACUUUCCUAGCGAAUGUUCCGACCCUUCUCGCGUAGACAGGGUCAUACAUUGCCCCAUCGAGGUCAAUCGUGAGUCCCAACACUGGUUACGGAUAAUGUAGGUGAGAGCCUGCUGGUGAACG